AGAGAUCAUGUGAUGAAAGAGUGAGUCUGGCUUGCUGGGUUGUGUUGUGAGACACACAAACACACGGCGGAGGCUACGAUCACACAAACCCGCCACAAACACACACCACACACACACACCUUGGUAACGCUCCAGUACCGAAACCCGAACGAGGCGUCGGCGCGGGCGGGGAAAACAUCCACCGGCUCGCUGCUGGCCGCUGCCUCGGGGGAGCAGGAGCGAGAAGCAUCAAUGCCGCCAGGUUCCCUCUCAUACAUCGGCGUGGACCUGCUCUCGUCAUCGGGCCUCCUCCUGCGCUGCUGAGAUAAUGAAAGGAUGGCCGAGCGCCGACGCGGGGACCACGGAGGGCUGACGGACGCCGCCGCGGCGACUCACCGGGAUGAUGAGCAGCAGCAGCGUCGCAGCGCCAUGAGUUCGACGGAGGAAGCGGCGCUGGAGGGUCUCUCUCUGGAGGAGAUACUGAAGCUCUACAGCCAGCCCAUCAACGAGGAGCAGGCAUGGGCGGUGUGUUACCAGUGCUGCAGGACGCUGGCCAAGGGGCACCGGAGCAGGGGGAGCUCCGCCGCCACCGCUGGAGCAUCAUCAUCAGCGGCGGCUCCGAGGAGGAUAUCUGGACCGGAGGAUGUCAGGAUACAGAAAGACGGGUCCGUGAGGGUGGAACACCGGGGCUGUGAAGGUAAAUACAGCCCUUGCACAACAACAGAGGUGAUAGAGUCUCUGGGCAUCAUGAUCUACAAGGCUCUGGAUUACGGGCUGAAGGAGAACGAGGAGAGGGAGCUCAGCCCUCCUCUGGAGCAGCUCAUCGACCUCAUGACCAACAUGGCCGAGGCCGAGAGGGACGCCUGCCCCGACGAAGGCUACGAGGCCACAGAGGAAGAGGACGAGGCCGAGGAUGACCCCGACAACAUCUCCAGUGUCCACGGCUACAGAGAUAUCUUCAAGCUGUGCACAGCUCAUCUGCCCAGUCUGUCGGACACCUCCAGUCACUACCAGGCCGUGUGUCGCGCUCUGUACACAGAAACCAGGGAGCUGGGUACUUUCCUGGAGAAGAUCAAGAGUGCCAAAGAGAAUCUCCGUAAGAUGGAGGAAGGGUCAUCAGAGGACCCUGGCAGAGACCUAAAUGAGCUAGAGAACGAUGACUGGGCUCGAUUCUGGGUUCAGGUGAUGAGGAGCCUGCGUGAAGGAGUCAAGCUGAAGAAGGUGCAUGAGCGUCAGUACAACCCUCUGCCCAUUGAGUACCAGCUCAGCCCCUAUGAGAUGCUCAUGGAUGACAUCAAGUCCCAACGCUACAAACUGCGCAAAGUCAUGAUAAAUGGAGACAUCCCACCAAGGUUAAAGAAGAGCGCUCAUGAAGUCAUCCUGGAGUUCAUCAGGUCCAGACCACCUCUCAACCCUGUGUCAGCCCGUAAGCUGAAGCCACAGACUCAGCUUCCUCCAACGCUGCAUGAACGCAUCUUGGAGGAAAUCAAAUCGGAGAGGAAACUUCGACCAGUGUCUCCUGGUGAGGUCCGCAGGGGAAGGCUGGUUAUUCGGCCACUUAGCAUGUCUUUCAGUUUUGACGCGUCAGGUCUUGGCAAAACUCGCAGUAUGCCACAGGAUUUGUUCCGUGCUGGAAUAGAUGAGUUUAGUCCGUACAUGGGCAGGAGGACGUCCAGCUCUCUGUCUCUGACCAAUGGGGCAGGCUCUUCCAGGGAAGCCUCCGGAUCUCAGUCUGCACCUCCGAGGAAGAGGCUCCUGAAGGCUCCCAGCCUCGCCGAGCUGGACAGCUCCGACUCCGACGAUGAGAUUUUUGGGCGCAAAUCAGCAAGCAGCUCCAGCGUGGCUACAUCUUUGAUGGAUGAUACGUCCCCGGAGUGUGCUCUGGGGAAGAAAACUCCCCCCAUGUUCCUGCCCAUCUCUUCUACACCCCAGCCAGAGAGGCGUCAGACCCCCCAGAGGAGACACUCCAUCGAGAAGGAGACUCCGACCAAUGUCCGACCGUUUCAGCCGCCAUCCAAAAAGAGCUCCAAGUCUCUGGAGGAGUUCUGUUUCCCUGUAGAGUGUCUGUCUCUGACGGUGGAGGAGGUGAUGCACAUCAGACAGGUGCUGGUUAAGGCAGAGCUGGAGAAGUUCCAGCAGUACAAAGACAUCUACAACGCUAUGAAGAAGGGAAAGCUUUGCUUCUGUUGUCGAAGCAAAAGGUUUUCCUUUUUCACCUGGUCCUACAUCUGCCAGUUUUGCAAAAAGCCUGUGUGUGCGCAGUGCUGCAAAAAGAUGCGGCUGCCAUCCAAACCUUACUCCAGUUUGCCAAUUUACUCCAUCGGCUCGACCAACACUCUCCCCAGGGAGAGGGUAAGUGCCAUCGCUGCCAUAGGACAAGGGCUGUCUGUGGCUGGAGGGCCGGGGCCGUCGGCCGUGGGAGGGGCAACUGCGCCCCCCACUUUGAAAGGAGAAACAACAGGGGCAUCUAAAAUAGCUGGAAAAGCCUCUGGAGCUGCAGCUGCUGCUAAAUCUGAGAAAUCGUCCAGUAGCCCACAGCGCCACGGGAUUCACAAGACCAUGUCCAAGCUUACGAAGCACGGCUCUUUGAAGUCCCACGAAGAACUGGAGCUUCCAUCGGAGCUGACGGAGGACUGGGCAACCAUGGAGGUGUGCGUGGACUGCAAGAAGUUCAUCUCUGACAUCAUCGCCUCCAGCAAGCACAGUCUGUCGCUGGCCACCAAGAGGGCCCGCCUAAAACGCAAGACCCAGUCCUUCUACUUGUCCUCCCCGAAAGGAAGGGAGGACUACCGGCCCUCUGAACGAACAAUCAAGGAGAUCUGAAUCUCCUUCUCUCUCUCUGGCUGCUUCCAGCUCCUACGGCACAAUUACAAAGACUCAACACUGGAUGUGAUCUUACUGUACAUGUACACUUCAGUCUGAUAAAGCUCAAAGUCCGAGUAAUAUGAACCUCAGUGGUUGACAGUGUGUUUUUUGUGGCUGUGUCCUGAUCGUGUACAGCUCCUUCAAACAACAGCAUACUGUAAAUCUGCCAAUCUUUUUUUUCUAUUUCCAUAUCAUAGAUGAUCCUUUAAUCUCUGGCCACAGACUUUUGAGCCAAGAGACAAGAAUUGUUGUGAUGUCAAAGUGGAAUGACUUCCCUUCAACUCAAAUGGAACAACAGCGCAAUCCAACCCAACUCACGUUCAAAUCGAUAAGCACAAGACAGACGAAGGACUUGCGUGUGUUUGACCUCCUCAGUCACCGGCACUGCAGAACACACAAGGCCUGCAGAGAGACCAUAUUAUAACGGAGACACUCAAAAUAUGGAAUAUUAAACUGUACAUUUUGUAUGGGUUUUCUUUUCUUUCUUUUUUUUUUUUUU